AUGGAUCUCUUAGCUGACUUUUUCAAAUCCCACUUCGGUUACAGAUCCAAACCUCGAGGAAAGCAGGGAGCUGAGCUGGAGGAUGCCUUAGUGGUGCUGGAGGAUGAGUCGAUCGUCGUACGUGCGGUUACCUCUGGUCGGGUCUACGAUGCUUUACUAUUCGAGGAUGUUGUUGCUGUCAAUUAUGGCGACUCAAGCCUUGAAAUAACAGUACUGGAGAUCCGUCAGAAGGGCUGUACAUGCUCAGCUGGCCGCCAGCGUAGGGAUAUUGUGCUUGAACGUUUCGACAGAUGGGAGGAGACUCAGUGCCCAACGAAGACUCGAGCCUUGGUUAUUAUCAACCCAGCAAGCGGGAAAGGCGACGCGUUGGAUUUGUAUACUAAUAAAGCCAAGCCCCUGCUCGACCUCUGUCAAGAUCGUUUUAUCGUCCAAGAGGUAGUCUCGGAGAGCGCUGAACAUACGAGGGAAGUGGCAGUAGAGUCCGCUGGGAAUUUCGAUGCAUUUAUAUUUUGUGGAGGAGACGGGCUUGUUCAUGACUUUUUACAGGCAAUUUUCAAGCUACCCCAUUAUCGCGAUAUUUUACACCGUGUCACGCUGGGAUUCCUACCAGGGGGCAGUGGAAACGGACUGGCGUGUAGCUGUGCGUACGCGACUGAAGACUGCGACAAUAUGGCUGUGGACCCUAAAGCGAUCGUUGGGGACUUCCAGGUUGCCCUUAGACUCAUUUUGAGAGGAAAAACUUCGCCACUAGAUGCCGCUGUAUUCGAUGUGUUGGAUAGGGAGACCCGUGAAUGUAAAGUUACCCUGCUGGCCAGUCUUAACGCUGCGUUUGGGCUCUUUUCUGACGUUGAUCUUGGAUCCGAGCAUCUGAGAUUCUUAGGAGACACUCGAUUCCAUGUCUACGCUUUAUGGAGGAUAAUUAGUCUACGUAAAUAUGCAGCUCGUGUGUCCUACAUUGAGGCUUGUGACUUGCCUCACGGCCAACAGCUUCUUGAGAGUCUCCCUGAUGAGAGCAGUCCACUGUGGCAAUAUGCGGAGGAGGGAGAAUUUGCCGGAGUUACGCUAUCUAACUUGUCACAUAUGGGCCCUGGAAUGAUGAUUGCUCCGGGAAGGAAACUGGGUGAUGGGUCUUGGACGAUGUGUUGGUUGCCUUAUAAGAGCUCCUCUUUCGGGACUCUCGUCAAGGGUUUGACAAAGAUGGAAAUGGGCACGCAUACUGAGAUGUCCCAUCUUUGGAAGGAGAAGUCGGUAGUUGCAUGGAAGAUCGAGCCAGCGAAUAAGCAGAGUGAGAUAACGGGCGAGGGAGCGACAGUAGACGGCGAGGCAGUUCCUCGAGGUAUCCUUUGUGGUUAUGUAUUGCCACGACUAAUGAACGUAUAUGCCUCACAAGGAAGUGUUGUGCAGAGUGAUGGUCAUUAAAAUGUAUCAUCUGCCAACGCCGCUUUCCGUGUAAUAUAUGUGGCCUGCACUGGGUGUGGCGACUGGCGUAAGCUACUUCUUAUCUUCAGUCUACUUGAUUUCAUCUAGUAGUUUCCAACUUCACGAUUUUGUACACUUGUAAGAUCUCGUCACUCUCCAAUGUCAUCGCUUACGUCACU